AUGACUGGCCACACAGACACUGGCUUCCUGACCAUAGUGAAACAAGAUCAAUCUGGAUUGCAAGUUCAGAUGAAAAAUGGAGACCGGAUUGAGCCCAAUGUUUCCCCUAAUUCCUUUGUCGUUUUAGUUGCGGAUUCAUUGAUGGCAUGGACAAAUGGUCAACUAUCGCCUGCUUUCCACAUAGUAAAAAUGGCGGGCGACAUUGAUAGGUUCUCCAUUAUGUUAUUUGCAUCGCCAAAACUAGGUUACAUCGUAGAGGCCCCAAAAGAACUAGUGGAUGAAGAACACCCGAUGCUUUUCAAGCCCUAUGACGUCGUUGGAUACUAUAAACAUGCUAUAUCCGGAAUUGGUUACGGAGCUAGAGAUCUUCUCAAGGCUUAUUGUGGUGUUUGAAUUUGUUCCUAUUCUUAUGCUUCAGCUUUAAUUUCUAUGUUUUAUGUUUGCAUCCUUGCUCUUUAUUCCUCCAAAAUAAUAUUACCCACAAUUUUUGAUUUUCAUAGGCU